AUGUGUCCAAAAGAGAAUGCAAGGGGAACUAAUCACGGCUUGGCGAUGGACCUAAGUUUAACUACCAUGCAGUCGAACCUAUCAGUCGUACCGAGUUCUAGUCAAUCUCAUUUAAACUUUGGUCCCCCCGUCCAAGCCACUCCUACUCGGUCUUCUCAAAGGCCACGAAGCCGUGUGACGACUCCUGGAAUGGUUGUUACAAAUCCCGAUAGUCGUCGAAGGCUCUCAGUCGACCAUGAUGCAUCUCAACCACAUCCCAAGAAGAAAACACGUACAGUCAUUGAUUUGCCCGAUGAUGAUGAUUCUGAUGAUGCUCCUCAGAUCAUCAAACCAAGUAAAGGAAAGAAGCGCGCCAAAAACAAGCAACCCAAACAUUGCUUUAGUCUUAUGAUCACGCUCAAUUUUGACCAGCUUUAUCUCCGUGUAUCAUUACCCUUUAUCCAAACAUAUUUCAGUUUGCUCAUCCUUUCAAGACCUUUCCCUUGUCCUUGUUGGCCUGGAGUGUAUAGCCCGACUAGAACGUACAGUCCUAGUCUUGAAUUAUCAAGUGCACUUCAUUCAAACAAGAACAACGUAUCAUUCCAACCUCUUGUUCAAUCUUUGACAAACUACAACAUGCCACCGGCACAAAACCGGCGACGCACCAAUCACAUCUGGAAACGUGGAUCUCCACCGACUUCAAUCAAGUCUUUGAACGCGUCUGUUGCGAGCACUCUACCAUCACACAACGCUGCAAUCAGUCGCUCUUUGGCUGCCUUUACUCGGAUGUUACUUGGUGUUGAUCAAUCUAAUAAAGCUUAUCCAAUGACGCCGAGUCCAGAGGAACUCCAGCAGCUAGGAAACCUUACUCAACCCGAGAUUAUGAUGGAUCAACUAGUAUUUGCACUGAAUCCCACUUCUGCUUCAGCCACUUUAAACGAUGAAGAGAUGAUAGAAUACAAGAACAGGUUUAUGGCCGACCUUCAAAAUCAUAACAUUCAUCGAUUCACAUUUGCAUGGGAUCUUCCGGAUAGUCAUCAUUGGAAUCGUACAAUGGCUGUUUUUGUGGUCAAGCACUGGCGCUAUGCAAGGCAGCACGGAGCCUUCAAGAAUUAUGGGAUUAAUUCAUCUCACAAUACUGAGAUGAAUUGCAUUUCCCUUGUACUUCGCUGGUUACGUGGACGAGCUGAAGAUAUCCGAGUGGUUCGCGGGGACACCCAAAAGCUUUUGCUCCGUGAGCGUGCGCGAAAGAGGAGAACGCUAUUCAAUUAUCGCCAAGAGACAAUCAAACGCCAUCUGAAAGUUGAUCCCAUGCUUAUAAUGCCCGAUGCCGACUGCUGCUCAGACACUGAGUGGUAUCCAGAUCAGGUGAAAUUCAAGAGAGUGGGAUUGAAGUGGCGAAGUCAACAGUACGAAAAUCUUAUUCGUCAAAUAGAUGGGCUUUCAUUCAACUACAAAGCUACUGUCGACACUCCAGCCCUUGCAAUCAGUCGUUUUGAUCAAUGUCGUAUCCCAGGGACCUCUUUCAAUCCAAAGGCUGCUGUAUGUUGUGGUCUUCCCGAGAACUGUUAUAAUGCAGUCUUUCUCUCUGGUCUCACAUACAAACAUAAGAGAUCCUUAGAUAUAAAGCCUGUUGUAGAUUUGGAUCAGAUUUGUGAAGAAAUUCACAAUCUUUAA